ACAUUCUGAGGAGCUCCAGUGAACGAACCGAACCGAGCAGACGACGGCACUGCGCGGUGUGUGGUUCCCAGUGCCGUCCGCAGAUGCUUUCCUACUAUCGAUUUUGUCCUCUGGUGAGGAGGCGGCUUAGCGUGUGGCGAUAGCGACAGGAGAAAACGGAAAUAAUGCAAAAGGUGUCUCAAGGCUCCUGACCAGUGAACAAAGAUUUGAGAAAGACAGCCAAGCUCAUGUUUUCUCCUGAUCAAGAAAACCAUCCUUCCAAAGCCCCAGUGAAAUAUGGUGAACUCAUUGUCUUAGGGUAUAAUGGGUCUCUCCCAAACGGCGAUAGAGGAAGGAGGAAAAGUAGGUUUGCUUUGUUUAAAAGACCUAAGGCAAAUGGGGUGAAGCCCAGCACUGUGCAUAUUGCAUGUACUCCUCAAGCUGCCAAGGCAAUAAGCAACAAGGACCAGCACAGCAUAUCGUACACGUUAUCUCGGGCCCAGACGGUGGUGGUGGAGUAUACUCAGGACAGCAACACUGACAUGUUCCAGAUUGGUCGGUCAACUGAAAGUCCUAUUGAUUUUGUGGUAACUGACACAGUCCCUGGAAGUCAGAGUAAUUCUGACACGCAGUCAGUACAAAGCACUAUCUCAAGGUUUGCCUGUAGGAUCAUAUGUGAGCGCAAUCCCCCCUUUACAGCUCGGAUUUAUGCUGCAGGAUUUGAUUCAUCAAAAAACAUCUUUCUUGGGGAAAAGGCUGCCAAGUGGAAGACAUCUGACGGGCAGAUGGACGGCUUGACCACUAAUGGUGUUCUUGUGAUGCAUCCCCGCAACGGAUUCACAGAAGACUCCAAGCCUGGAAUAUGGAGAGAAAUAUCAGUAUGUGGAAAUGUAUUCAGUCUGCGAGAAACCAGAUCAGCCCAACAGAGAGGAAAGAUGGUGGAAAUCGAAACCAAUCAGCUACAAGAUGGCUCCUUAAUUGACCUUUGUGGUGCAACCCUGCUUUGGCGCACUGCAGAAGGCCUUUCCCACACGCCUACUGUGAAGCACUUAGAAGCUUUAAGACAGGAAAUCAACGCAGCACGCCCUCAGUGCCCUGUAGGCUUCAACACACUAGCCUUUCCCAGUAUGAAGAGGAAAGAUGUUGUAGAUGAAAAACAACCGUGGGUAUAUCUGAGCUGCGGCCAUGUUCAUGGUUAUCAUAACUGGGGGAACAAGGAAGAACGUGACGGAAAAGACCGUGAAUGUCCUAUGUGUAGGUCUGUUGGUCCCUAUGUCCCUCUGUGGCUUGGAUGUGAAGCUGGAUUUUAUGUGGACGCCGGCCCUCCCACCCAUGCCUUUAGCCCUUGUGGGCACGUGUGUUCCGAAAAGACAACGGCCUAUUGGUCCCAGAUCCCACUUCCUCAUGGUACUCACACUUUUCACGCAGCCUGUCCCUUUUGUGCACAUCAGUUGGCUGGUGAACAAGGCUAUAUCAGACUUAUUUUCCAAGGACCUCUAGACUAACAGCUGUCUCUAGGACUACAUUAUAAGUUUAUAAGCUAAGUGAGUUGGGUUUUCCGACCCAUUGUCCAUGUAAGUUUCUCUGCUCUGGUCAUUUGCAUUAAGAUGAAGAAUUUUUUAAAUAUUUAUAAUAGCAAUUUCUGAGAAAAAUCUGGGAAACUCAAGCAAAGGAAUUUUUGAAAGUUCCAGACUUCUGAAUUCUGAGUUUUGAAAAUAUAUUUUGAGGAGAAAAAGACAUAGUCUAAUUUGAUGCCUUCGUUUUAGUGUUUUUGAAUCACCAUCCAUCCUCAGUGUUGAGUUGUUAUGUAUAACUGAGGGUCUGUUGGUUCAAACUAUGUUAGUUUACAAUUUGUUGCAAACAUUGUAAAAUACAGCAACAUGUAUAUUAAUUUUUUUCUAUUUAUCUUUAUCAUAGAAAAUACCUUAGGAUGUCGUGAUAGAAUAGCAUGGUAUCGAUGGUGUCGCACACUUCCGGUGUGAAUGGUAGUUUAGUGGGCACAUCGCUCAAGGAUUUGCAAAGUUAAGGAGAAGACAAGAGAGCUUCCUUCCCCCGGGCCCGUGUGAGUAGGGAAUUUGAUGAAUUAGAGUAUUUCAUAAAACCAGAUUCACAUUAAUUACCAUUGUCUAAGAGGUGUUUGUUUUUAACCACAUUGAAGUUCAUCGGAAAACAUUUUUUUUCUUAACGUUUCUCUCAAGUGUAGUACUAUAACAAAAGCUAAUGCUAAGAGACAUUUUAUAUGCUCCUUUGAAUAUGCAAUCUAAUCUAGAUGAUCUAUUUUUCUCCCAUGGUAACUGAUCUGUUUUUAGUGCCAGCGACAUUUGGCAAGUUUAUUUUUUUGGAUAUAAACUGUGGUUCAUCUGUUCACUGUUUCUAAAAAAAAAAAAAAAAAGAAAAAAGAAAAAAAUCCUAUGAGAAAGUACAUAAAUUAACAAGAAAUUAACAAGAAAAGAAAAUUACUUGAUUUGCUUUUAGAAAAAUGAAAUAAAAAGUGUUUUGUUAAUUACUCUGUAUUUGGAUUAUUCCAGACAUUAGAAACCUAGAGCUACAGAGGGUUGAGUGACAGUAGUUACCUCCUUUUAACCUGGCAGACCAGCCUUAACUGUGGGCCUGACUGCUGAGGGCAGUGGCCACAGUGUGACUCUGAAGUGCUGGGUUGUCUGAAGGCGAGGGGCAGCAGAGGAGGACGCCCCGCAGGCCCUCUUGUUCUCUAAUUCCAGUAUGUGCUUUGCAAGACAGUUUCUUCUCACCCCAGCCUUUGUUAAAUGCAGCAGAAGUACGAACAGUUGCACUACACCAAACCCUUGUAACACUCGUAGAAGUCAGUAUCCAUUAGAUUAGACAGAAACGUCUUUCAGCCUUUUGAUUUCUUUUCCUUUAGUUUGAAAAAUUGUAUAAUACUUAAUUGACUAUUGUCAAAUUUUCAUAUGUGGUAGUAUAGCUUUAAUUUAUCUUACUACAUCAAUGUUUUGAUUUGGGUUUUUUUUGUUUUUAUUUUUUGUUUUUUUUUUUUUUAAGUAAAACAAAAAAGUCACUUAGAAGCCAUGAACUGUUUUACUUUAUUUGAUUGUCAAAAUUCUUUGUUUUGAAAAUGAUCAUUUGGGUUCACUCAGGAAAUGCAUGUCAAGAAAUUUGUAUUAUAAGUUAGCUGUGAUGUAUCAGUAACUGCUGGUUAUUACCCUUUUUUCAAAGAAGUUUAAUUGAUUUUGAAGUCUUCUAGUCACAUGCUUUGUGACUAAUGCAAGGAAAUGGAGUCCUGUGUUGUGUUUGUUCUUGUUAUUUCUGUUGAGGCUAUAUAUUGUAGCUUAAUUUUUAUUUGCAAUUAAUUUAUUCAAACUAAGUAAAUACUUUUCAAAAUAGAUAUUUGAA